AUGUCCCUCCUCCGCCGCAUCGUCCAAAAUCCGACCGUAUCAAGGGCUGUUCCUGUCGCGAAGCUGUUCGUGCCUUACCCACUCGGAAGAGACCCUUCCUCAAUCCCGAAAAUCAAUCCAGUCUGCAACAUCGAUCGCCGUCCAAUUUCUCUCCGCUACAGAGUCACGACAAUGAUCGAGUUGUCUAAUCUCGAGGAAGCCGCCAAAAUAUCGCACCUCGCUGUCUCGGAGAAAUUUCGUGAUGACGGUGAUACUGUCUUCAUAUGCAAUUCCGUAAUCGGAGCCAUGUGCGGCGCUAAACGGUACGACGAAGCCAUCUCUCUGUUCAAUUACUUUUUCAACGAGUCUCAAACUAUCCCGAACAUGCUCUCUUGCAAUCUCAUCGUGAAAGCACAUUGCGACCUUGGUCGUGUCGAUGACGCUCUUGAGCUUUACCGUCACGUUUUGCUAGACGGAGUUUUAGCUCCAGGGGUCGAGACGUACAGGUUACUCACGAAAGCUUUGGUCGAUGCUAAAAGAUUCGAUGAAGCUUGUGAUCUUGUGAGAUCCAUGGGCCGUUGUGAUUUCAUGGUCUACGACAUUCUUAUUCGCGGAUUCUUAGAUUCAGGGAAGUUCGUGAAGGCGAGCCAAAUCUUUGAGGAAUUGAAAGGGCCGAAUAGUAAGCUUCCAUGGAGAGAAUAUCACAAGGCGAUUGCAAUCUUCAACGUUUCGUUUAUGAACUAUUGGUUCAAGCAAGGGAAAGACGAGGAAGCUAUGGAGAUUUACGCGGCUUUGGACAAGGGUGAAGCGGCCAAGAACCUCAUUGUCAGAAACAAGGUUUUGGAGGUUUUUGUGGAGCACGGUAAGAAAACAGAGGCUUGGGAAUUGUUUAGAGAGAUGAUAGAAACAUGUGGUUCGGAGACGGUUGACAUAAUGUUGAAAGGUUUCAGUGUAACGACUACCCCGAUCACGCGGGUAAGGAAAACGUGUUAUAGGACGAUCAUCGCGAGUCUCUGCGAACAAGGAAACAUGUCCGAGGCAGAGAAACUCUUUGCUGAGAUGUUUUCCGACGUCGAGAAUGACGAAUUGAUGACGGGACCUGACGUUUCGACAUUCAGAGCAAUGAUCAAUGGGUAUGUUAAGGCCGGGAGAGUCGAUGAUGCUAUGAAGAUGUUGGAAAAAAUGAAGAUUUCAAGUGUAAGAAAGCUUGCUAUUCAUCGAGCCACAUAA